AAAAUACUUGGUUGAAUCAAAUCAUGUGAUAAUAUCCAACUACACCAUAAUCACGAUGUGGCCAUUCAACAGAAAAGGGGUUUCUGGAUUUUCUGGUUCAUCAACUGCUGAGCAAGUUACUCAUGGAAUCGAUGCUACUGGUUUCACCGCUAUUGUCACUGGAGCAUCUAGUGGUAUUGGUGUUGAGACUACGCGUGUUCUUGCUUUACAUGGUCUUCAUGUGAUUAUGGCCGUUAGAAAUAUGGGUGCGGCUAAAGAUGUCAAAGAAGCAAUAGUUAAGGAGAUUCCUUCAGCUAAAAUUGAUGUCAUGGAGUUGGAUCUUAGUUCAAUUGCAUCUGUCAAGAAAUUUGCAUCCGAAUUUAUUUCCUCUGGAUUACCAUUGAACAUCUUGAUAAACAAUGCAGGAGUUAUGGCGUGCCCUUUCAUGUUGUCCAAGGACAACAUUGAACAACAAUUUGCCACUAACCACUUAGGUCAUUUUCUCUUGACGCAUCUUUUGUUGGACACGAUGAAGAAAACAGCCCAUGAAAGUAACAAAGAAGGAAGGAUUGUUAAUGUCUCCUCAGAGGCUCACAGAUUUGCAUACUCUGAAGGAAUCCGUUUUGGCAAAAUCAACGAACAAUCAAGUUACAGCAACUGGCGUGCAUAUGGACAGUCAAAGCUUGCUAACAUCUUACAUGCCAAUGAACUUGCAAAACGUCUCAAAGAUGAUGGAGUGAAUAUCACUGCAAAUUCUCUUCAUCCAGGAGCCAUUGUGACCAAACUUUAUCGUCAUACCAGUGCAAUCAACGGUAACUAUUAUAUUAUACUAUUCAUUAAAUGCGGUUGGCAGACUUGUGAUGAAAAAUGCUCAGCAGGGAGCAGCUACAACAUGCUAUGUAGCAUUGCACCCACAAGUGAAGGGAGUUAGUGGUGAGUAUUUUUCAGACAGUAAUUUGUGCAAAACAACCUCACAUGGGAAGGAUGCUGAUUUGGCCAAGAAACUUUGGGAUUUUAGCAUUGAUUUGAUUAAGGAGAAAUAGAGAACCAAGUGUUAGAAUGGCAGUCAUUGUCAACGUCUGUGUAAUGUAUUAAAACCAUAACUUUCUUUAAAGAAUUGGUUAACAGGAUAUAGUUAUUAACAGCACGUCCAUUAGUGAAACUCAAUGAAUUUUAUACACUAUUACAAAUGGUCCUUACAUGCUAUGUUAUAUUCAUACAAUCCUUAUGCAA